GUGAUAGUUCAGUGGUUCUGUUGGGGGACGGUCAGCUGUUUUUGCGCAAUAUCAAUCUGACAGGAAGAAAUGGCUUCAGGACCUUGUGCGCUUAUUACGAGCUGCGAUCCGGGCUUUGUGGAGGAGGCGCUCGUUAAGCAAAUCAUUGCUGGUGAUGGUCCUUUAGGACCCUCCUCCCAGACUGGAGAAGUCAGAUGGUAUCCCUGGACGAUAAACAACAAAUAUUACAUGGCAGACAUCCACCUGUGCGCCGUACCCAACAGAUUCCUCGUCACAUCUGAGAUCGCUGAGGGCGUGCAAGCAUUCAUUGUGUAUUUCGACAGCAACACAAAAUCUGGCCUGGACAGUGUGUCGUUAUGGCUUCCCUUGGCAGAAGACUGGUCCCCUGAGGUGCUGAUCCUGGUCUGUGAUCGCGUGUCAGAGAAUGGUGUGAACAGACAGACAGCCCAGGAGUGGUGUAUCGCACAUGGCUUUGAACUGGUGGAGCUCAACCCAGAAGAGGUCCCCGACGAAGGCGAUGACUUUCCAGAGUCCACAGGGAUAAAGAGGAUUGUUCAAGCCCUGAACGCAAACGUGUGGUCCAACAUGGAGAUGAAAGAUGAAAGAAACCAGGGCUUUGGCCUCAUGAGCAGCCUGGUGGGGUCACGUCACAGCAACGGAGCUGCGCACAGCCACGAGCCACAUUCACACAGGUCUGCAGAUAGUGGCACUGAAACUAGUUCAGAGGACAGCAGGAGAAAUGCUGCUCCAGAUCCUGACACUCAGAUCGACACGCUUGUAGAUCCCAUGCUGGAUAUGGAUAUCCAGGAACUGGCCAGUCUAACCACAGGGGAUGCAGACGUGGAGAACUUUGAAAGAUUGUUUUCUAAGUUAAAAGAAAUGAAAGAUAAGGCAGUAACACUACCUCAUGAUCAAAGAAAGCUGCAUGCUGAAAAGGUCGCCAAGGCAUUUUGGAUGGCGAUUGGUGGAGACGAAGAUGAAAUUGAGGGACUGUCAGAAGAUGACAAUUAAAUAGCUGCUGUGUAUCUCCAAACUGAGAUUUCAUUGUGGAACAUCUCCAACUCCAGCACUUAUUUACCACCACAAAUGCCCUGAUAUAAAAGUAAAGAACGAGUUUCAUUUCAGUGUCGGACUCACCUGGUUCAAACUAACCAAAGCAGACCAGUCUGAAAGCGUUCACCUGGCCCCUCUUCUCAAUCAUUCCUGUGGUUCAAUUUUGUAUUUUAAAAUGUAGAAACAGUUGAAUAAACAUUUAAAACUACUGUAAUGAAAUCAUUGGAUUAUUUGUGGGACUGGAGAAUGAAACUAAAUAAAUUAAACAUUUACACAGACCAAAGAAGAGGGAACCCUUCAUGAGAGAAAUGGUGGAGAAGUUUGACUCUUAACUGCUGCAGGAAGUUUAAUCAAGAACGACUGUCCUCCCGGGAAUGAAGUAACAAAACACAUUGAAGAUGAGCAAAAAUCUAAUUUAUGACAAUAUGAUGAAAUGUAGAUCGCAAAACAUGACUGCAGUGAAUAGUUUUGGUGUUCCUGUAAAAGAAAUGUUGCUGUUUGUUUGCCUGCUGUGUGUGGAUCAACAUUUGAAGCUGAGAGCUGGGGAAAGUGAAACUGCAUGGGGAUUGGAUAACAGUCAACCAAUGAGAUUUAAUUUAUUUUUUUAGCUGCAUGGUUAUUGGUUGAAACCACCUAUGUUUGCUUGUUGUGUACAACGCUUCACACUUUUUGAUGCGAGUGCCCCAGCCUCUUUGUACUUGUAUUGAGAUAAUCAGGCAAGAACAGAGGAAGAAUUGUUCACAUUUUAGUACACUACCUGAUCUUCAACGCAUUGUAUAUGGAGGACUGCCAUAUCUGCUUGCACUGUUAGAGGGAGCGCUUUCAAACCUUUCAUGCACAACAAGAGAGAACACACAAAUACACGGUAGAAGAAAACUUUCUGUGUGGUCCAAGGGUGGAGUAAAACUUUGUUAAGUUAAUGUGUUGGUGAAAAGUUUCACUUGCUUUCUGAAACCCAUCGCCUCAUAACAACCUAUUGUAGGAAGCGUGACUUUGUGAAAAUAUGAAGGUUAACUUUUUAUUGUUGAGAUAUAUAUAUAUAUAUAUAUAUAUAUAUAUAUGUAUAUAUAUGUGUGUGUGUGUGUGUGUGUGUGUGCGUGCGUUGCAGGUUAAUUUGACAGUUGCUGCCCAGGUGUAUCUUCCGUACGGCACGUCAUGACUAGAAGCACGUUGCAUUUUAAUUAGAUUAUUAUAUUAAAAUGAAACAUGUGUAACUAAAUUGAUUAUAACCCCACGCUGUUGUCUCAUUAAAAGGAUUGCCUACAGUUUGCUG